CUCCGAGCGCUCUUUUACCUCACCACAGACCAAGAGGUGCACCCGCGAGAUAAGAUUACUCGCAGCUAUCCGGCCAACAAGCCCACUGUGUCGACUCCUUCGUUGUUACCUACACCUCCUUCCCAAAAAGAGGACGGAACUCAAACGACAGAAUCAGGUGAUCGAGUGUGACUUAAAAACAGGGCAGAGAUAGAGAGGAAAGCAGCGACCUCCUACCCAAACCGAGCUAAUAAAAUGCAUUCUGACUCCAGCUCGAGCAGAUCUUCCUCACCAGACAUGGAUGGGAUGUAUCUCAGAGACCACCUCAAUUCAGUGUCCUCGACGCAGAACGAACUCCUCCAGAAGAUGACGAGCGAGCACCUUUCCAGGCACGGGGAAAAGUCACCUGGCGGGAGCAAGUACAAACUCAAGAAGCAAGUGACCGAGCAAGAGGUUCAGCAUCUGAGGCUGAAAAUCAACGGACGGGAGCGCAAGAGGAUGCAUGACUUGAACCUGGCGAUGGACGGCCUCCGGGAAGUCAUGCCUUAUGCACACGGUCCGUCCGUGAGAAAGCUGUCGAAAAUUGCCACUCUCCUGCUCGCCAGAAACUACAUCCUGAUGCUCAACAGCUCACUGGACGAGAUGAAAAGGCUGGUUGGAGAAAUCUACGGUGGACAUCAUUCUACGUUCCACUGCGGGACAGUGAGCGGGCACUCUGGCAACCCAGCGCAUCAGGUGCAUCCACUGCUCGGGAGCGCGCUGUCCUCGUCCACAUCCUCCACCCUCACCACCACUUUACCGGGACUAACCUCCAUCCGAGCACCUCAUUCCCUAAUGAAGAGUGCCCCUGCACCCCCGCUUCAACUCGGCAGCGGUUUCCAGCACUGGUCAGGUUUACCUUGCCCGUGCCCCAUAUGUCAAGUACCUCCACCCCCUCAUAUUCCUAUCAGUUCAGCGGGACUGACGAGACUUACAAGUGAAAACAAGGACGUGAUGAAGUAAUUUGGGACAUCCGAUACAGAAUGGUGUCAACGUGUACAGUAAAUUGUGAAUUGGACAUGAAGAAUUGACCUCAAUGCAUGUCUGUUUAUCUUUUGUCUGUUUAUUUGUUUUUGCGUAUGAGAUACCAUAAAUAUCCUCCCUGUAACAAAGAUCCCGUGAAAAUACUUUUUUCAUGGUAAAACUUUUGCCGGUUAUUUGGUGUCACCAGAGAUGCAUUCACACAGUGUACAUAUGUUUCUUUGUAAAAAAACAACAAUUUAUAGAACAUUAAGCUGGAGAUGUCUGAAUGUAACCUUACGUUUCGAGCACUGAAGGUGAUCGUAGCACAACAUACUUACUGAUCUGAAAGGGCGAAAAAGUUGCAUGCAGAUUUAAUACUUUUGUUUUUUACAUCAUUUGUGAAAGUGAAGAAUGUCCUUUCCUUGUAACAAGGAUGGUGAAAUCGCAUUCUACAGUGUAUGAACAUUGUAUUAUUAUAUAUUUAGUUCGAAAAAGGUUGACAUUAUAUGGAUCUUGAUUACUCCAUAGAAUUCUGAAAAUGCUUUUAGCUUUGUGGCGUUAUUCGGUGUCCAUUUGUAUGUAGAACUUAUUUAGCAUGGCUUCAGAACAACUAAAGCAUGAUUGUUUUGCUGGAAAUAAUUUGUUAUGCCCAGAGACCUUGCGUCUUUAUUUUUGUACAUUCUUGAUGAUUGAUGAAAUAUUUAUUAUUGCCCAGUGUUCCUGGAUGAAAUUUCAAUAAAACUGAUAUAAUGAACCAUA